AAAAUGGAAAGUACUAAUAAAGCUAUUGAAGAAGAGAACACCCAGAUAAUCCGCCUAGAGAAGUCUGUCCUGGCAAAAACCAAGAAGCAAGAGGUCACCACAUGCCAGAGCAUCCUCUAUAAGGUUUAUCCAAAUCAAAAAGUUGAGCCAUCGGAUCCAGACUCCGAAGAAGUUUCAGGAAACAGUACACUUAACAUUUGGUUGGGCAACAUCUGGGAUGGAAAACUGUUGAAAAGUUUGAAGUGUCUUAAGCUUUUUGAUAUAGACUACCUUGAUUUGGAUGAGAUUGAUUCUAAAAACAGGCGUUUUAUUUUAAAUUUCUUACAAUCCUCAUUCCCAAAUAAAAUUAAGCAUCUCGAUUUUUUGUCCAGUGGCCUAAUGGAUCUGAAAAGGUGCAACUACUUAAACUCCCUGACCACACUCAGCUCCAAAGUCGUUCAUGAAGUCAUCUUUCAAAAUUUCAGCAUCGGCCUGCCCCAAUUCAAGAGGCUAGUGGCAGCUUUCGAGCAUGUGAGAAUUUUGAGAUUGCAAUUUUUCAGGCUAUCUAUCCCAAGUGUUCCUGAUUUGUCAAAGGCUCUGAAGAAUUGCCAAAUCCAGAUAAUAGAUUUAGAAGGAUCAGGAGACUCUGAUAGAAGUGACUGGAAGAAUGACUUCGACGAGUUCGAGAACUUGGUACAAGGGUUAGCAAGCUCUCCAGAUUUAAGAUUGAGUCUUGAAAAAGUAUUUGUCACUGACUGCGGAGUAAAGAAUAACAAAGUUGAACAAGUUUUUGAAGAAAACCAGCUUGGAGGAGUUAACAUAAUUGAUUUAGAAUAAAUUUUGGCUAAAUUUCUUAUUUUUACUACUUUGGCUUAAAUUCUGCUUCUUCCAUAU